AUGAUGACCAGGAGAAUGUUGUCUGAAGAAAAGAGCAAGAAGAUGGAAGCUGAGCUCAAUGAACUGAGGGCACUGACAGAUAGGCUUCUUGAAGAACGCGAUGUAUAUGAAAUGGAAAUGCAGGCGCUCAAGACUUCACGAAUGACAUUAAAAGGGAAAUUUGAUGAAAUUCGACGAUUUUGUGAAGAAUUAGAAAAAGAGUGCAAACGAAAGGAAUUAAUUAUAGAGAGCUUCCGAGAAAAUCACCAGGAACACGAAGACGCCUUAGACCGUAUCAGAUUUCUUCAAAGACAGGUAAAGGAAUCAAAUGCUGAUGUUGCAUCAUUACACGAACAAAGCGGAAGUUACGACCACCUAACGACCUUGUCACUCCGUGAUGAACUAGCUCUGGGAGACAGGAAUGUAUGCAACAGUAAAUUAUGCAGCACUAAAUCGCAAGACCCAAGAUUUUCCAAAUUAACCAACCUGAUAAGAAAGAAAUCGAAAACUCUUAACAAACUAAAAUCAGAAAAAUUAAAUUUACACAAGGACAAGGUGAAGAUGGCCGAACAAGUGAAAGAUCUAGAGUUAGAUCUUCAAUCGCGAACUAAAGACCUACUUUCUACGCAGAAACAACUAGAAGAACUUUCAGCUGCCACUAAUGAGCUUUUAAAGCUGGGUACUGAGUAUAGAGAACUUACUCAAGUCCUUCUUCACGAUGAGCUUAGUGAAACAAUUGGUCCAGUAGAAAUAAAUCAGACUCCGUCCCCACCACCCACAUCAUCAACGCAACCAACACGUGCAUCGUAUGCCAGCGUUGCUGCAGGAAAACGUGUCUGCUCCACUACAACUGUUGAAGUUCGACACAGUCAACGGUCAACCAAGACUAUUAGAACUCCGACCAGGCCAUCCAGAAGAACGUGUACUCGAGACAUAUCAGAAAAAAGAUUUCGUAUAAUGACUUCAGUGAGAAAGCAGUCUUUAAGAAAAUCUUGGACAUGCCACUUCUGCAACACUGAAGAUGAGAAUACGAUGGAGAAUAUUGGGGACACAAAAAAAACUGACUUAUUACUUAAACAACUGGUUACUUUAAAUCAAAGCACUCCCCAGUCGUCACUUUCAUCUUUUCAUUCACCUUUAUCUCAAUCACCAUCGGUGAGUGUUGCCCACCGGAAGAAAUAUGUGCCAAACGUGCCUACAGAUAACUCUUUUGACUCGUUAUGCUCUGACACGGACGAAGAAAUUAUUGAGGUGGACAGAGAGGUCACUUUGCUCCAAAAAAGUGCUCUCAAUAGAAGUUGUCCUGACUUAGCGAAGAGUGAAAGUGAGGCAGUAAAGGAAAUGAAAAUUAAAGUGGACAAUUUGACGGCUCAAUUGGAAACGGUGAAUCAAAUGUUUAAUGAUUUGCUAAUAGAAAAUGGUUCUCUAAAACGACGAAUUACUGAGUAUGAACUUAAAAUUGACAAGCUCACUCUCAUUUGCAAGACACCUUCAAAAAAAUCUACCAAAAAAGUUCGUAAAAGUUUAAGUACAAUUGACUCGAAUAUUAAUGUAUGUAACCUUAAAGAACAAAGCUUACAGCAGUCGGAGCCAGAGCCAGAAUUGAAUCAAGAAAGAGAAUUAGAUUUAAUCAACGAAACACAAAGAAAUGAAUCUAAAGAAGAUAGAAACAACAAAAAAGAAAAUUCGACCAGAAGGAAGAAAAUAAUCGUUUUAGCUGACCAAACAGGCAGAGAAAUCAGGCAAAAUUUACAGACUCUUGUUGGGUCACAGUUUGAGGUUUUUUGCUUUCGCAAACCCGGAGCUAAGCUGCCUGAUAUACUGAAGUCAUACGCAAAAGAUAUUGAAAACUUAACUGAAGAUGAUUUUGUUAUAGUGAUGGGGGGCAUGAAUGAUGAUAAUCCUUUUAGUAUCUUUUCUAGUCUUACG